AUGGAGUCCGUGCCGUCGUCAUCGCUGCUGCCGCGCGUGUGCGUGACCGGAGGCGGCGGGUUCAUCGCCUCGUGGCUCGUGAAGCUGCUCCUCUCCCGCGGCUACGCCGUGCACGCCACCGUCCGCGACCCAUGUGAUCCGAAGAACGCGUUCCUGAAGCAGCUGGACGGGGCUCCGGAGAACCUGCGCCUGUUCAAGGCUAACAUGCUCGACUACGACACGCUGACGGCCCCGUUCGCCGGGUGCGAAGGCGUCUUCCAUGUCGCCUCUCCGGUGCCCGAAGGCAAACUGGUUGAUCCAGAGAAAGAGAUGAUGACUCCAGCUAUAGAAGGCACCAGGAAUGUACUCAAGGCUUGCUCGGCUAUGAACGUCAAGAAAUUCAUUCAGGUGUCAUCUGUCGUCGCUGCUGUUUAUAACCCAGGCUGGCCUCAAGGUAAAGUAAGAGAUGAGAGCAGCUGGUCAGACAAAGAGUUCUGCAUGGAGAAUGAGAUCUGGUAUGCUCUUGCAAAGACCGAAGCAGAAGAGAUAGCCUUGGAAUACGGAAAGAAGAACGGAUUGCAAGUCAUCAGCCUUUGCCCUGGUGUUGUUUUUGGCCCACUCUUGCAGCACAUGGUGCUGAAUACUACCAGCAAGGUCCUUGUGUACAUCAUAAAAGGAGGUCCUGACACGAUGACCAACAAAUCAUGGCCCAUUGUUGAUGUUCGUGAUGUUGCUGAUGCGCUACUCCUGUUAUACAACAAGGCAGGGUCAUCUGAGAGAUACCUAUGCUCAUUAGACCUACUUGACAUGAAGGAUUUGCUUGAAAUCCUAAAGAACAUGUACCCUAAUUACAGUUAUGCAGACAAGAUCGUUGACGCGGAUUAUAGGAUUGAAAUGACCUCACAUAGGCUGAAGAAUCUAGGGUGGAAACCAAGGAAGCUGGAGGAGACACUUGCUGACAGCGUAGAAUCCUACGAAGAGGCAGGCUUCCUUCAGGUUUCGGAACCUUGCCGGCUUCCAUUCUUGUUCCUCGUGCCGACUGUCCAGGAAUAA